AUGUUAUCAAGGCGAGAUCGCCUCUUUCAGCAAUUAUGUGAAGAUAACAAUGAAGAAUUUGAACUUGUGUUGCACAUUGAAGUCAGAUGGCUCUCUAAAGGUAAUUGCCUGCAUCGUUUUGUUGCACUUUGGGACAGUGUUAUCUCUUUCUUGAGUGGGAUAGUGAUUGGACAGAAACUUGUUGAUGCAAAGAGUGACAUCUUCUACCUGUCGGACAUAUUUGAAAAGCUAAAUGUUCUGAAUAAAGAGCUUCAAGGAAAUGACUCCACCCUGUUUUCCUGCAAGGAGCAGUUGCAUUAUGAUAUGGAAACUCGCUUCUCUGACCUACUCCAAACGACUGUGCCACACUGGUUCGUGGAUACCUUCAUUGCUGAUGCAUCUGAAGAUGAUGUCACCCUACAAGAAAGUUUCAUUGAACUUCAGAAUAACACAACAGUUCAAGCAAGAUUCAAGCGUGGAGGACACCAGAAGCUGGGGAUGAAUCAAGAUGUGUAUAAGAAGUACCUACUACUCUGGAGAGAUGUGAAGUUGCUCUUACUUGCCUUUCCCAUGUCUUGCUUGGUUGAGAAUGGUUUCAGUCGAGUGAUGUACCUGCUGUCAAAGACACGAAAUCGCCUUGACAUAGAAAAAAAUGAGGCGAUUUAUAUACGUCUCUCUCUGACAGCUUUCAAGCCAAACAUUUACAAGUUGGCAGCCCUGCACCAGUCACAGGGUUCCCACUGA